AUGGCAUCGGCAGUUUUUCUGAAAGUGGCGCCAGGGGUGGAUGCCCCCGAAGAUGCAAUGCAGCGCUCACGCGACGCCUGGGCCGAGCUUCUGAUGCUGCCAAAGUGCGUCCUAGCAGUGGCCACGAGGUCCAGGAAGAAGCACAAGCAUGCAUUGCUUCCAAAGGGCAUGGCUGACACGAGCAUCAGGACGCUGAGAGCGUUGGAGAGGAAGCACCCUCAGGAGACCGAGGAGCGUGACCUCAUAGUUCCGCAAGGUGUGAGUGGACCACAGGAGGAUUUCUUAGAUAUGGAUAUUUUGGCCGCUUUGGGAACCUUCCCGAAGUGCUCAGCCAGCAGGCUUUCCGGGCUAAAGGCGCAGCACUUUCUUGAUGCCGUCGCAAGCCCUGACCAAGCCUCUGGCCUUGACGCGUUGACACACCUUGUCAAUCUGCUUGCCCGUGGACCGGCUGCUCAACAUUUGUCCCAACAUGUAGCUGUUGCCUCGCUCACCGCACUGCCCAAAGAUGACGGCGACAUUCGGCCAAUCGCGGUGGGGGAGGUCUUUCGCAGACUUACCAACAACAUUUUGUGUGCAGACGUCACGGCCGAAGCGCGCCGCCUGUUCUGGCCUUUGCAAGUUGGCGUGGCCAGCCCGCUGGGAACAGAAACUGUCGUUCACACCUUUCAGCAAUAUGUCAGCCGCCACCAGAACUCUCCAGACAAAGCCGUCCUCCUGAUUGAUUUUAGGAAUGCUUUCAAUAGCGUGCAGCGGUUUGUUUUCUUGGACGAGGUUGGCAGGCACAUGCCAUGCUUGGAGGCUUGGGCUAGGUGGUGCUACGGCGGUCCGUCGGACCCGUUGUUUGGCAGCCGCGUGCUGAUGUCCAACAGGGGAGUCCAGCAGGACGACGCUCUUGGCCCUCUCCUGUUUUCGUUGGCUGUUCACCCUCUCUUGCAGGAGCUGAAGAGCUAUGCUGGUUUAGACAUCGUAUGCGGUUACCUCGACGACUUCUGCGUGGCUGGCGAGUUCGGCGCGACGCUGCGGGCGUUGCGGCUGACUCAGCGAAAAGCGGCAAGCCUGGGCCUCGAGCUGGACUUGGACAAGUGUGAGGCCAUUCCCGCGGCUGGGCGCAAUGCGGAGUGCAGCCUGUCCGAGUUCCCCGCCGUUGUCCAGCGGAAAGUCGACGGUUGUUUCAAAUUGCUGGACACUCCUGUCGGUUGCCAAGAGCAUUGCGCAGAGUACGUGGAGGUGAAGAGAGCGCGGAAGCUGACCGCGAUGCUCGACGAGGUGCCAUUAUUGGAGGACGCCCAGGUCGCCCACAAGUUGCUUUCUCGAUGUUUUGGAGCUGCAAGACUUGUGCAUAGUAUGCGGACUACGCGGCCUGACUGGAUAACGCGUGGUCUGGAACGGAGUCAGCAGGCUCUCAGGUCGACGUUCCAGAUCUGCACAGGCACAGCGUUGAACGAGAGUCAGCGGCAGCAGGCGUCCCUCCCCUUGAGCAAGGGAGGGUUGGGAUUUCGGUUCGGAAAUUCUCACGCUGCUGCGGCCUACCUUGCUUCCCGCGUGGCGGCGCGUCAUUUAUGCGGUCAGAUCGGCGCUGCCUUCUCGUGGGGCGGGGACUGCGAUGGCGGCGCCCAGGCAGCAGCAGUCAACCUCUGCAAUGUUGGCGCCCGCCAGGAGCACCGCAUCACAAGCGAGGAUUUGGGCGCCGACGGCGCCUUCCCUGGCCAGCGGGCUCUGUCAAUGAAAAUGGACGAGCGUCUUUUGGGCCAGCUGAUCGCCGCGGGCCCAGACGCCCGCAAGGCGAGGCUCCUCGCAACCAGCGCGCCGCGCGCGAGCGCGUGGCUGCGGGCCUAG